AUUAGUGCCUGGUGCCCCAUGUCUACCAAUUUCUUCCUGCACCUAUCCUCUCUACAGAGUGAAUCCUUGUAGCUCUCUUUCAGGCCCAAGCCUGUUUUGGUGGAUCACUUGAAGAAGGAUGGAUCUGUCGGAGCUUGGAGAGGCUGCAGCCUUCCUUAGAAGCAGCCAGGCUGAGCUGCUUUUGCUACAGGCCAUGGCUUUUGAUGGAAAAAAGAAAUGCUGGAUUCGUGAUGGCAGAAAUGCAUAUGUUGAGGCUGAGGUUAAAGGGAGCGAAAACGAUGGCAAAAUAAUCGUUGAGACGACAGAUGGAAAGAAUCUGAGUGUCAAGGAGGACGAAGUUCAGCAGAUGAAUCCCCCAAAGUUUGAAAUGAUUGAAGAUGUGGCAAUGCUGAUGCAUCUCAAUGAAGCAUCUGUGCUGCAUACCCUGAAGAGGCGCUAUGACCAUUGGAUGAUCUAUACAUAUUCAGGUCUCUUCUGUGUGAGCAUAAACCCUUACAAGUGGCUCCCAGUGUAUCAGAAAGAAGUCAUGGCUGCCUACAAAGGGAAGAGGCGAUCAGAAGCUCCCCCUCACAUCUUCGCUGUUGCCAAUAAUGCCUUUCAGGAUAUGCUUCACACUCGAGAGAAUCAGUCUGUACUUUUGACAGGAGAAUCUGGUGCUGGAAAGACUGUGAACACCAAACAUAUUAUCCAGUAUUUUGCCACCAUAGGAACCAUGGGUGAAUCUAGGGAAAAGCUGAGGACUUUAGGAGAUCAAAUCCGUGAAGUGAAUCCUAUCUUGGAAGCAUUUGGAAAUGCCAAAACCCUUAGAAAUGACAACUCCUCCCGUUUUGGCAAAUUCAUCAGGAUGCACUUUUGUGCCAGAGGCAAGCUGUCAUCUGCAGACAUCGAUAUUUAUUUGUUCGAAAAAUCCCGAGUGAUUUUCCAGCAGCCUGGAGAGAGAAACUACCACAUAUUCUAUCAAAUUCUGUCUGGAAAAAAAGAACUUCAUGACAUGCUCCUGGUGUCUGGAAAUCCCUCUGACUUUCCCUUUUGCUCUCAUGGAGUAGUUGCUAUGGACAGCUGGGAUGAUGCUGAAGAAUUGCUGGCCACAGAUCGGGCCAUGGACAUCUUGGGCUUCCUUCCUGACGAGAAGUAUGGAUCUUAUAAACUCAUUGGAGCCAUCCUGCACUUUGGAAACAUGAAAUUUAAACAGAAACCCAGAGAAGAGCAAGUGGAAGCAGAUGGCACAGAAAAUGCUGACAAAGCUGCUUUCCUCAUGGGCAUUAACUCUUCUGAGUUGGUGAAGGGCUUGAUCCAUCCUAGAAUCAAAGUUGGUAAUGAAUAUGUUACUAGAGGUCAAACUGUAGAACAGGUGAUCUAUGCUGUUGGUGCCCUGUCCAAGUCAAUAUAUGAAAGGAUGUUUAAGUGGCUGGUGGCACGGAUCAACAGGGUGCUGGAUGCCAGGCUGUCAAGGCAAUUCUUCAUUGGCAUUCUUGACAUCACUGGUUUUGAAAUCCUUGAUUAUAACAGCCUGGAGCAACUUUGCAUUAAUUUUACCAAUGAAAAAUUACAACAGCUCUUUAAUCAGCACAUGUUUGUUCUGGAGCAAGAGGAAUACAGGAAAGAAGGCAUUGGCUGGGUGUCCUUCGACUUCGGUCUGGAUUUACAAGCCUGCAUAGAUCUCGUUGAGAAGCCAAUGGGCAUCUUUUCCAUCCUUGAAGAGGAAUGUAUGUUUCCUCAGGCUACAGAUGUGACUUUCAAGACCAAACUUUUUGACAACCAUUUUGGGAAGUCGGUUCAUUUUCAGAAGCCCAAGCCUGAUAAUAAGAGAUAUGAAGCUCACUUUGAACUUGUCCAUUAUGCAGGAGUGGUGCCUUAUAACAUUAGUGGCUGGCUUGAAAAGAACAAAGACCUUCUUAAUGAAACAGUGGUGGCUGUAUUUCAAAAGUCAUCAAAUAGACUGCUGGCAAACCUUUUUGAAAAUCACAUGAGUACUGACAGUGCUCUACAGUUUGGGGAGAAGAAACGCAAGAAAGGAGUUUCAUUCCAAAUGGUUGCAUCUCUGCAUAAAGAAAACCUAAAUAAAUUGAUGACUAAGCUGAAAUCAACAGCACCUCAUUUUGUGAGAUGCAUAAAUCCCAAUGUGAACAAAAUGCCAGGUAUAUUGGACCCUUACUUGGUUCUGCAGCAGCUGCGUUGUAAUGGUGUCUUAGAAGGGAUCAAGAUAUGCUGUGAAGGUUUUCCGAACCAACUGUUGUAUGCUGAUUUUAAACAAAGGUACUGCAUCCUGAACCCCAGAGCCUUUCCAAAGAGUAGGUUUGUGAGCAGCAGAAAAGCCACUGAAGAAUUACUUGGCUCAUUGGAGAUAGACCAUAUCCAGUAUCGCUUUGGAAUCACUAAGGUGUUUUUAAAAGCUGGUUUUCUGGAACAACUGGAAGCAAUGAGAGAUGAGAGACUUUCUAAAGUCUUCACAAUGUUCCAAGCCAAAGUACGGGGCAAAUUGAUGCGAAUCAAGUACCAGAGGAUUCUGGAAGAGAGGGAUGCACUUCUUUUGAUCCAGUGGAACAUAAGAGUGUUCAUGGCUGUGAAGAACUGGCCCUGGAUGAGGCUCUUCUUCAAGAUCAAGCCUCUCGUUAAAUCUGCUGGAAUGGGAAAGGAGAUGGCUGCUCUGAAGGAAGAGCAUGUGCAACUGCAAAAAGCCUUGGAGAAAUCAGAAUCUGAGAGGGAAGAAUUGAAAGCAGAACAAGUCUGCUUCAUCAGGGAAAAGAAUGACCUGCUUCUUCAGCUGCAAGCUGAGCAAGAGACCCUGGCAAAUGUUGAAGAGCAGUGCGAGUCGCUGAUUAAAUCCAAGAUCCAGCUGGAGGCCAGAGUCAAGGUGCUGUCGGUGCGGGUGGAGGAAGAAGAGGAGAUAAAUUCCGAGCUGACUGCCAGGGGGCGGAAGCUCGAAGAUGAAUGUUCCGAGUUGAAGAAAGAAAUCGAUGACCUGGAAACACUAUUGGCGAAGUCACAGAAGGAGAAGCGUGCUACAGAGCACAAGGUCAAGAACCUGACUGAGGAAGUCGAGUCUCUAAGUGAGGAUAUCGACAAACUUAACAGAGCAGCCAAGGUCAUGCAGGAGACCCAUCAGCAGACCCUGGAUGACCUACGCACAGAGGAGGAAAAACUCAGCAGCCUGAGCAAAGCCAAGGUGAAGGUGGAACAGCAAGUAGAUGAGCUUGAGGGUGCCCUUGAGCAGGAGAGGAAAGCGAGAAUGAACUGUGAAAGGGAAAAGAGCAAACUGGAGGGCGAUCUGAAGCUGAACCUCAUGAGUGUGGAGCACCUGGAGAGCGGCCAGCUGCAGCUGACAGAAAAGCUGAGGAAGAAAGAACUAGAAAUGAAUCAGAUGAGUUCAAAGGUGGAGAAGGAGAAAGGCCUGGUGGCUCAGCUUCAGAACAUGGUUAAAGAGCUUCAGAAUCAGACACAGGAUUUGAAAAGGGAACUGGAAACUGAAAGGACCACUCGAGCCAAGAUGGAGAGGGAGAGAGCUGACCUCACACAAGAACUGGAAGACUUGAAUGAAAGGCUGGAGGAGGCAGGAGGCACCCGUUUGGCUCAGCUAGACAUAAUGAAAAAACAGGAAACAAAAUUCCAGAAGCUUCGCCAAGACAUGGAAGAGGCCACACUGCACUUUGAGGCAACUUCUGCCUCUUUGAAGAAGAGACAUGCAGACAGCUUGUCUGAGCUCCAGGGCCGGCUAGAAAAUCUACAACAGGUCAAGCAGAAAUUGGAAAAAGACAAGAGUGACUUACAGCUAGAAGUGGGUGACCUCCUGACCAAUGUUGAGCAGAUGACCAGAGCUAAGGCUAACUCUGAGAAGCUCUGUAGUCUGUAUGAAGAGCGCUUGAAUGAAGCAAAUGUGAAACUAGAUGAAGUGAGUCAGUUGGCAAAUGACCUAAAAGCACAGAAGACAAAGCUACGGAAUGAGAAUGGAGAGCUCCUAAGGAGGCUGGAAGAAAAGGAGGCUCUGAUAAACCAACUUUCCAGGGAGAAGAGCAGCCUCACUCGACAGAUAGAAGAACUAAAAGGGCAACUGGAAGAGGAGUCCAAAUCACAGAGUGCCCUGGCCCAGGCCCUGCAGUCAGCCAAGCAUGACCGUGACCUUCUCCAAGAGCAAUACGAGGAAGAACAAGAGGCCAAGGCUGAGCUGCUCCGGGCUCUAUCCAAAGGCAAUGCCGAAAUGGUGCAGUGGAGGAUGAAGUAUGCAGAUGACACCACUCAGAGAACUGAAGACUUGGAGGAAGCCAAGAAGAAGUUGGCAAUUAGAUUGCAGGAGGCGGCUGAAGCCGUGGGGGUAGCAAAUGCCAGAAAUGCCUCCCUGGAGAGGGCCAGGCACAGACUGCAGCUCGAGCUCGGGGACACCCUGUGGGACCUUGGGAAGGCCCGUUCCUCAGCAGCGGUACUGGACCGGAAGCAGCAGCACUUUGACAAGUGCUUUGAUGACUGGAGGCAGAAGCAGGAGGAGUCACAGGCCGUGCUGGAGGCCUCUCAGGAGGAGGCCCGUGCCCUUAGCAUGGAGCUCCUUAAGCUCAGGCACGCCUGCGAGGAGAGCACUGUGAGCCAGGAGACGCUUCAGAGGGUGAACAAGAAUCUCCAAGAAGAGAUUUCUAAUCUGACAAAUCAGGUGAGGGAAGGAAAGAAAAACUUAAGUGAAAUGGAGAAGGUCAAGAAACGGAUUGAACAAGAGAAGACUGAAGUCCAGGUGGCACUGGAAGAAGCAGAGGGAGCUCUGGAACGUAACGAAAGCAAGAUUCUUCGCUUCCAGCUUGAACUCUUGGAAGCUAAAGCAGAACUUGAAAGAAAGCUUUCAGAGAAAGAUGAAGAAAUAGAAAAUUUUAGGAGGAAUCAGCAAUGCGCUAUUGACUCCCUGCAGUCUAGUCUGGAUUCUGAAACUAGGAGCAGAAUUGAAGCAACACGGCUGAAGAAGAAUGUGGAAGGGAACCUCAGUGAGAUGGAGCUCCAGCUUAGCUGUGCCAACCGACAGGUGUCAGAGACAACCAAAUCCCUGGGCCAGCUUCAGAUUCAAAUCCAGGACCUUCGGACGCAGCUAGAUGACAGCAUACGCCUGAACAGUGAGCUGAAGGAGCAGGUGGCUGUGGCUGAGAGGCACAACUCUCUUGUCCAGUCUGAGCUAGAGGAGCUGAGGUCCUUGUAUGAACAGACGGAAUGUGGGCGCAAGUUGGCGGAGGAAGAGCUCCUGCAGGCCACAGAGAAAAUCAAUCUUUUCCACAUCCAGAACACGAGCCUCCUCAACCAGAAGAAGAAGCUGGAAGUUGAUGUUACCAGGAUGCAGAAAGAAGCUGAAGAGGCAGUGCAGAGGUGUCAAAAUGCAGAAGAGAAGGCCAAGAAGGCAGCCACUGAGGCAGCAAACGUAACAGAAGAACUGAAGAAAGAGCAGGACACCAAUGCCCACUUGCAGAAGAUGAGAAAGAAUAUGGAGCAGACAAUUAAAGACUUACAAAAAAGACUGAAUGAAGCUGACCAGACUGCCCUGAUGGGGAGUAGAAAGCAAAUCCAGAAGCUAGAAUCUAGGGUGAGACAACUGGAAGGUGAACUGGAGGACGAAAUCCGUCGCAGCGCGGAGGCCCAGAGGGGAGCCCGCAGGCUGGAGCGCUGCCUCAAAGAGCUGACCUAUCAGGCAGAGGAUGACAAGAAAAAUCUGAGUAGGAUGCAGACUCUGAUGGAUAAACUUCAGCUAAAAGUACAAAGUUACAAGCAGCAAAUGGAGGCAGCAGAAGCACAAGCCAAUCAAUAUUUUUCCAAGUAUAAGAAGCAGCAACACGAGUUGAAUGAAGCUAAGGAAAGGGCAGAGAUAGCAGAAUCUCAAGUCAAUAAACUCAAGUUGAAAGCAAAAGAGUUUACAAAAAAGGCUCAUGAAGAAUAAGCAGUCCUUGCUUAUGAAAAACAGAAGUUGGACAAGUCCAAGGAUGGUACCAUUUGAUUGCUGAAAACUUAAGUUGCAUUUGAAACAAGCAUUAAAAAAAGCAUGUUUAUGUGGUGUGAAAAGCAGUUUAAACAAGGUGAUUAGAAAAUGUAAUAGAGUAUCCUUGCUUCCCAGGUUAAUGGGGAUUUUUUUGGUCCUCAAAUACAAGUAAACAUUUUACAUAAAAGAUAAAAGAGUCUUUUAAAUUCUCAAGUUAAAAAAAUACCUAUUGCCUUUUAAUGCAUAAUAUUUAUGGGAGACAUGGACGAUGAGGCCUAGGGUAUGUUAGUAAAUUGUUAUUACUGAAGUUAAUGAGUUUUGCUGGACUCCUCCAACAAUACGUAUAUUUUUAGCCACUAAUGGUGGGAGUUGAUCAACUUUUCUCUUAACACUGUAAUUUACAUAUAGUCACAGGUACUUAGAACUUGUAGAUAAGAAUCCUCCUAAUCUAUGCCUAGGUGGACUACAUGCCUGUGCAUUUUUCAACACUGAAACAGCUUCUCAUAUAAGAUGAUCAGUUUAGUGUUAGGGGGAAUGCUGGCUUUGUAUUGUGCCAAUGUAGCUAAGCGAGAGGUACAUUUCCUGGAUUUCCUUUCUCUGUUUGUUCUGGACUGGAGUUGGUCACAAGAGAAAUUUUCACCACAUUUGAGAGGGAGCGGUAGAGAUGCGGCUGUUCAUUUUAUGCUGUUAAGCUCAUGGUAUGGCCCCAGGCACUGUGAUAGCUGGCAAAUACUACCCCAGGCCAAAAGAGUGAGCUGGCAUUGAAACUCCCUCCUUCAGCUUCAGAGUCCUAGCUAGGUGUGUGUGUGGCUCCAUGGUACUGGGCACCAGCUUCUCUUGCAGGUCACCCCUGUCAUUGCCUUUGGAGGCCCUGAGAGGCAUGAAUUCCAGUUUCUUCUUAUGGAUUUCAGUUCAUCGUCACUCCACAACCAGCUCUCCUUGCUGACCACUAGCACAGCUGACCUACAGCUACCUAAGGUACAUCCCCAGAUGCGGAGGGGACAGCCUGACAUGGACUUCUUUACAAAUGCCCAGACUUGUGUAAGGUUGAUUCUAUAUAAUAAAUCUUUAUUCUAGCA